UUUGGUGUUACGAUCACAGUGGUGGGUGUAUCUUUUGAAAAACCACCAAGUAAUUAUGAAUACCACAAAAAGACCUCGGAACAGAGAGCGGCAUGACGAUAACAAGCGCAUGAAGACUGGCAAGAGACACGUGGCUGUCCUGAUUCUGGCGCGUGGAGGGAGCAAAGCGAUUCCUCUAAAGAACAUUAAACCAUUAGCCGGAACCCCCCUCAUUGGAUGGGUGCUGAGGGCUGCUUUGGACUCCAAAAUGUUUGACAGUGUGUGGAUAUCGACAGACCAUGAUGAUAUCGAGAAGGUGGCAAAAUCCUGUGGCGCUAAGGUGCACCGAAGGAGUCCUGAAGUGUCCAAAGACUCUUCUACAUCACUUGAAACUAUCCAAGAGUUUCUCAGGACCCACACAGAGGUGGAUGUGGUGUGCAACAUUCAGGCUACGUCCCCGUGUCUCCAUCCGUUCCAUGUGAAAGAGGCCCUGAAGAUGAUCACGGUGCAGGGCUUUGACUCGGUCUUCUCGGUUGUCAGGAGACACCAGUUCCGCUGGCAGGAGGUCAAGAAAGACUCUCAUGAGGUUACCAAGCCGUUAAAUCUGAACCCAUCCAACCGACCACGGCGUCAGGACUGGGAUGGAGAGCUGUGUGAGAACGGCUCUUUUUACUUCACCACUAGAGACCUCGUACUGAACGAGGGACUUUUGCAGGGUGGUAAGGUAGCUUACUACGAGAUGGAGCCAGAGUUCAGUGUGGACAUAGAUGUGGACAUCGACUGGCCUGUGGCAGAACAGAGGGUUCGCAGGUAUGGUUACUUUGGACAGAACACACUAGUUCGUCUGAUGUUCUGUAAGGUUUCCGGAUGUUUAACAAAUGGAAGGGAAUCCGGAGAAGAGGAGGACUCUAUUAGCAGCAGAGACAUCGCAGGCAUCUGCAUGCUUCUGAAAGAAAACGUGGAGGUCGUACUGCUGACCUCCAGCACGGACCCAGUGGCCCAGUCAGUGGCUAAGAAAGUGAGUGAGACGACGGGCUGCAGUGUCAUGCAGGUGGGAGAGGAGCCACUGAAAGAUUUGGAGCGAGAGGUGGAGAAGAGGGAGUUCAAAUGGGAGGAAGUGGCGUACAUGGAUAACAACAAACCAGAUGUCAACUGUCUGAAGAAGGCGGGUGUGAGUGCAGUACCUGGAGAUGCUCUGGACGUAGCCCUUGAAGCUGCAACGUACAUCUGCAGUAGUGUCCCGGGAAUGGGAGCUUUCAGGGAGUUUGCCGAACGCAUUCUGCUGCAAAAUCGAAGUGCGAAUCCAAGAGCAAUUGAAGCAGGAUUGCAGUGACAGCCCCAUGACAUGUAAAGGUUUUUAGUUUACUCGUUUCCUUAUGGGGGGGGGAUUCAUUUCCCAAUCAGAGUGAAGACAUGAUUUUAGGUGUGUGUGUGCGCUAUUUAUUGAUGUAAUUCUGUAUGAUUAUUUCCAUAAAUCAUUGUUUUUUCACCUUUUGGGGGUGUGGUUGAUUUUGUUGAAUUGUCUAUCCUGAAGUACCAACUGAUUUUGUUGUGUGAAGAAUUAUCAACAAAGUAGUGAAGAAGGCUACGUUCAGACUGCAGGCCUUAAUGCUCAAUUCCGAUUGUAUUGUGUCAUAUUGUGGUUUAAAUGUGGCCCACCUCAGACUCCCGUGUGAACUGUCCGCGGCCUGAAAGUGACCCGCAUGUGCAGAAGAAUAACACGACGUCCCACGCAGCACGCUGUCGGUUACAGAAGUAAACAAGGAGCAACAGAGGGUAGCUUCGGUUAGCUCGCGGGAGACUUCUGUUUUUUGUUGUCCUCUCACGGGUCACAUUUCUCCCGAUUUAUGACAAGUGUUCACAACUUUGUUAUUUUCAUGUUAUUUUUCUGUUUCUGGCGCUGAACAACACAACUGCCCCACAACUCCCUCCCUCUCUCUCCCCACGGCCCGAUGGAUUAAAAGUUUAAGAAAGGGAAUCUGUGAGCAAAUGAUGGCACGGUAGAGUAGAAAGGGAGCCACAUGUAUAGUCAUGGCUUUUGUGGAGCUUUUUCAUUCACUGCGGCUCCGUCUUCAGCAGGACAGUGACAACCACUGCUCUAGAGUGACGUCAAAGUCGUGUCAAUUCUGACCUGAGUGUCCAGACUGAGGUUGCAUUUAAAAAGACCCAAACUGUGUUGGAUUUGGACCACAUGGAAGUGGCCCAAAAUCCGAACUGGAAAAGAUCAGAUUCCAUGUGACUUGGCCUGUUCACACUGUCAUAAAAAGAUCGGAUUUGGGUCAAAUUGGCCUGCAAAUCCCACGAGCAGGCCUAUUUCUAGGCAUAUAGCCUAGUUUUAGAACACUUUUCUUUACAUUUUCAAGACAGGUUAGCUGUUUCUCCGUUUCCAGACUUCUAAGCUAAGAGUUCCUGGCUAUAACUUUAUAUUAAGCAUGUAAAAAUGAACGUGGCAUUGAUCUUCUCUGCAAGAAAGCAAAUAAACAUAUUUCCCAAAAGUGUUUUUACAGUAGAAAACAAUGACCCAUGAAUGAGUUUAACACUAGAGAAAACUACCUAAAUUAAUUUUGAGUGCGAAAUCUUAUGACCGUUGGGUGAAAAAUCACUUCAUUUUUUUUGUCCUUUUACAGAAGCUGUAAUGUUAGCUUUUAGACACUUUAGAGCUGCAUGGGGGAAAGUCUAGACUGUACUCCUUCUUUUCUACAGGCUAUCCAGCUGCUUAUGGAGCUACGUGUGAUAAAGUAAUACCAUAUGUAAUUCCUGUCUCUCUUUGACAAGUUGCAGAUCCAAAGAAGGCUAUUUAAUUCCACUGAUUACUGUUACUGCACUGUACAUUGGUUGAAUCAGAAUUAUUUUGUUCUGUAGUUUGGCUUGGAUACAUACAAUAAAUACUACUUAAAGUGGCUACUGUCUGAAUUUGAUAACCUGAUGGAGGAAUAAAAGACCUGGAGUAAUGAUUA